UAGGUGAAAGAUACUAAAUGUACAAAAGGUACACAUUCGUGUCUGACUGUCUGUCUAUCUGUCUGUCUGUCUGUCCUUUUACACAAACACAAGACUGAUAGCACUGGACAUCAGAUCGACAUCUGUGCACAGAUUAAUCCACAUUUCUAUAGCAUUUUGAUUUGAAUAGAUAUAAGUGAACGAAGUGUGAUGAUGUAUGAAACAGUAUUGUAUGUAUUCAGUCUUUCAGCAUUUCCUCUCCUCUCCUGCGGCUGCUUUAAGAUCGAGUAUCCCAUUGAUAAAGCUAGUGUAACAUUUAAUCCUGAUUGCUCUGCUCCUAAUUCCCUAUGGGACCGAGUGCUCGUGUUCAUUUAUACAGCGGCGGAUCCUUCCUUCCCCUCCUCCACAUCGAAAAAAACCCCACGAAACCCUCAUGGUUGGCUUUCAUUUAAAGCACCUGUCUGCUUGCAACACCUGGCAGACGGGGAAACGGGUUGCGCAUGCGCAGGUCACUCUCAGGAUGUCUUAUAGCAGCGAGCUGAUUAUCUACCUUCAUGACUUCACAGUCUGCCUUUCAAACGGACUCAUCACCACUUGCGGAUUUAUUUUUUUUGCUAACUUUCUAGAAAACGCAGAGAGUGAAAAAGAGAAGAAAAGAUGCCUCGAUCUUUCUUGGUGAAGAGUAAAAAAGCUCACAGUUACCACCAACCCAGGGGUUUAGAGGACAACUACAGCAGACUCGACACGACUUUAACUCCUAUCUGCGCAGACGGUAAGAAUGCAGAAGGAGAGGAUGUGUGUGUGGAUGGUGAGAGUGCAGAAGCGGCGGAAGUGUUAGCGCAUGCAGACUGCGCCACUGGGCCCUCGCGCUCUCCUCUCAGCUGCAGCAGCAGUGUGUGUGAUCGCGCUUCAGACUAUGAGGACAGUUGGAGGCCUCCAUCACCUUCUGCAUCACCAGACUCUGAAAAGUCAUUUUCACCCAGUGUUGAUGAAACCCAGCCUUUUGCGGUGCCCUUUGAGCCAUGGAGCAGCAGUUAUUCAGGCUCUGAGAUGAGACAGCUGGUCCGACAGAACUUUAAUCACCAUCAUUCUUCCUUAAGUUAUUACGGAGAAAGAGUGAUUGGACCUGCUCAUUUUCGUGAAAGGGGAUCCAGCACAAGCAUUUAUGGCAGUUAUGAGUCGACUACAAACCUGUUUGAGCGCCCUGCUGCUGCCACUGGACUGUAUGUAGACAGGGAAAUCCAUAGACCUGAGAUGAAAACGGAUACAGCAGGGUUAUGCACUCGCCUUAUUUUGAAUGGAGCCUUCAAGUGUAUCAAAUGCAGCAAGGUGUUCUCCACUCCACAUGGUUUAGAAGUACAUGUCCGGAGGUCACAUAGUGGAACGAGACCCUUUGCUUGUGACAUUUGUGGGAAAACUUUUGGACAUGCAGUCAGCCUGGAACAGCACAGAUCAGUUCAUUCUCAGGAGAGGAGUUUUGAUUGUAAAAUUUGUGGAAAAACUUUCAAAAGAUCCUCUACUCUGUCAACGCACCUUCUCAUCCACUCUGAUACGAGGCCUUACCCGUGCCAGUACUGUGGCAAGAGGUUUCAUCAGAAAUCAGACAUGAAGAAACACACGUUUAUUCACACAGGAGAGAAACCUCACAAAUGUCAAGUAUGCGGCAAAGCUUUCAGUCAGAGUUCAAAUUUGAUAACACACAGUCGAAAGCACACAGGUUUCAAACCUUUUGGCUGUGACUUGUGUGGAAAAGGUUUCCAGCGCAAAGUGGACUUGAGGAGGCACAAGGAGACGCAACAUGGACUGAAAUAAGGAGUAAAUCAGAUUUGAGAAAAUUUACUCAACAUCUCUGGAGAGUCGGUUGCCUUUCUUGGUCCUGGAAUAAUGCUGCAACAUGGCAAAUUAUCAGGGCUGAAGUAAAGUAGGUCUAACUUUUCCAUUAAUGGAAUCUAGUGUAGCCUGCAAUUGACAUGACCACAUUAGCAAGAGGUUAUGCAUCGCUUUUACAACAGUGUUGACUAAGCUACUAUUAACCAUAUACAGAGGAUGUGUGGCCAUGCAGCCUAGGUACACUCUCAGAAAUAAAGGUACCAAAAUGUAGUUUUACCUUGUGUCUGAUGACAUUGUCAAGGAUAAAUCUUUCCUAACUUUAGUAUUUUUUUUGGUUUGUUUACCUGGGAAGAUUUAUGUGCCGUACAUUUUUAAAGUACAUCAGUGGUAGUUCCAAGUGUGCUCCAUGAAUUAUUAUUAUUAUUAUUAUUAUUAUUAUUAUUAUUAUUAUUAUUAUU